AUACAUAUAUACGUGCGUACACACAUACAUACAUCUCUCACUAGUUCUUUCUUCUGUCUUUCCCAUCACACAAGCACUUCCUUCAAGCAGCGACCUAUCCUACACACCCCUCUAAACCAUAAUCGGCCAAGUCCAAGUGCUUGUUACUGUCACACAUAUUCAAUUGGGACAGUCGUUACUGCUUCGGACAACCAGGAUAUUAAAAUCACUCAUUUAUACAUUAUCCUAUAUACAUACGGUCAUAAUGGCAAAUAGACCUCGAGGUUUUGGUCUAAGUGCAGACAUUACUAGAAAAAUGAAGAAAAAGUAUGAUGUAGAGUUAGAGCAGCAAGCCAGAGUUUGGAUUGAAGGUGUUAUUGGAGAACAGUUGGGAGAAGACAGUAGCGUACCACUUGGAGAAACUGGUUUUCAUCAACAGUUGAAAGAUGGAGUAAUACUUUGCAAGUUAAUGAAUCAGUUAUCUCCAAACAGCAUUAGGAAGGUAAACACAAAUAAAUCUGCCUUUUACAUGAUGGAGAAUAUUGCAAACUUUUUAAAAGCCAUCGAAUCUUAUGGUGUCCUGAAGAAUGAUCUAUUUCAGACUGUUGAUCUUUACGACAACACGAAUAUGCUACAAGUUGUUAAUACUCUACAUGCUUUAGGAAGAAAGGCACGUCAGAAGGGAUAUCCUGGUCCAUGUAUAGGACCAAAGGAAGCAGAGAAAAAUGAACGGAGUUUUACAGAUGAACAGUUAAUGGCUGGCAACAAUAUUAUAAGUCUUCAAAUGGGCACCAAUAAAGGUGCUUCUCAAGCAGGAAUGAAUUUUGGCAAAUCACGAAGCAUUGUUGACUGAAGAUAUUUCUUCUUACCUUCUUAAAUGUGACUUAAAAAUUUUUUUUCUUCUUUUCAUAUAUAUCAUUUAAUGUACACAGUAUGAAAGUUAUGAGCCACUUAUAAGUUUCAAACAUUAGAAACGUGAUCUAGGCAGGUUUUAAUACAUACCUAAUGUCUCCAAGCAAUCCUCUGGCUCUGAGUACAUGGCUUGCAGUUACAAAUCAGGAUGAUAGAACUCUAAUUGUUUUUUUGUUCUUUUUUCUGCUUUUUUUGCCCUUCCAUAUUUUGUAUCCACCUUCCUCUUGUUUUUUUCUUAUGAUUUCUUUCAUUCUAUCCUCUUGAUUUGUAUAGACCAUGUGCUCAGAGCCUAUGGAUUGCUUGGAGAUGCUAGGCAUCUAUUACAAGUUGCCUAGACCACAUCUCUAAUGUACAAUACUGUGUACAUCAAACAAUAUUUUUCUCUCACUGGACAGAGUACAUUUUUGCUGAUCUUACUUUAAGGAAAAGUAAAUUACACACACACACACACACCUACACACACACACAAGUUGAAAGGCAGAAUUCUGCUUUGACCCUUUAGCAUUCAGAUUACUCUAGCAAAUGCAAUGCUUAUUCAUUUAAAAGUUGUUUUGAAUUUAUUGUGCAUUAUCUUGUAACUUCAAGAUUUCAAGGAUGUGAUUGUUUAGUUUUAGAAUGACAUUGUAGGGGAGGGGUAAGAGGACAGAACCAGUCAGCUUGAGCAUAAAACAGCCAGGUCAUUUGGGCUUGAUUGGGCCAAUUUAAAUGCUAAAGGGUUCAGCAUGCUAUAUAACUCCUCAUAACUUUUUUUAGAUUUUAGUAUUUUCAGAGAAUUUUUGCAAAUUUGUAUUCUACACAUAGGAAUUCACAUGACUAUGAAAAAAAAAACCUUUUUAAAAUUUGGUGAAAUUUUUUUUUUUAAUUCUUUUUAGAAAAUCAAUUUGAUAUACUGACAGUCCAAAUUUUUGGCUUAAAUUCCAACAAUAGACAAUUAAAUGUGUUUGUGGAGAGAAAGAUGUUGACAAAUAUCAAUACUGACAAACAAAUAAGGAUGGUGUGAGAUAAUUGCGAGGUGUGCUGAAAAUAACUGCUAAAUACCCCUUUUUUUGUUAGGAUUUUUUCAUAAUGGUAUGAAUUCCCAUGUGUAGAACAAAAAUAUGCAAAAAUUUUCUGAAAACUCUGAAAAAGUAAAAAAGUGAGGGGUUAUAUUGCAUGCUUGAAGCAUAAUUCCACUCAUUGAAAAUCAUUCUAGCAAAGUAAUAUUGCAUCCAUAUACAGAUGUUAAGAUGAAGCUUUUUUCCCAUUUGAAUAAUAACAUAAUAACAACAUUCAUAUUUACUUCAUAAACCCCACUUUUUUUUGCUUUUUUUCAUACAUGAGAAAUGAAAGAAAAUUGAAGGUUGAAAAAGGGACCACAGAGCUAUUAAACUUGUAUUCCUUCAACAUUUCUCACUUUUAAUUCAAUUAACUAUUUUCGUUUUGUUUUAUAACAUUUAAGAUUGUCUUUUUUUCAUUCCGCAAUUUUAAUGCAGUUUAUGUUUCACAGAAAAAAAAACUAAUAUUUUUCUUUUUUUAACAAUUACAUAUGAGUUUCAUUUUGUAAGAUAUUAUUCCAGACCAAAGCUUGAAAAUCUUAAGAUAACUAAUUCUCUUUCUUGCUGGAUGCCUACAGACAACCCAUGCUGUCUCCUUUUCUUGUCUACCCUCUGCCCCAGCAAAUAUAUCACCUACUCUUUUCUAUCCCGCGCUCUCUCUCUCUCUCUCCUCUCUCUCUCUCUCUCUCUCCUCUAACUUGUAAAACUUUGCUCGUUCACCCUUCAACUCUAUCCAUUCGAGCAGUCUACCCCCAUCGCCUCAUUCUCCUCCUCCAUACAAUCUUGCAAACUAAUUCUUCAAUUCACUUUGUGCCUUGUGGGACCACUUAGGUACCUCAUUGCCAUUAUCUGUCUCUUGCAGCUCCUACUUUUCAUGUUCUCUUUCUCUCUCCUUCCCUUGCUAAGUGUGAGUAGCCUUAAGAGAUCCCUCACAAGACCUGCCCUACCAAACCCCCUUCUCAUAGUUCAGUCCCUUCAUUGCCUAGCAUGAAGCUGACUCCCUCCCAGGGCUUGAAGCUCUGCAAGCUUUAUGGUGACUUCAAUAGUGCAGGUGCCUCAUGAAAAGCACCCAGUCCACUUUGCAGAGUGGUUGGCAUUAGGAAAGGUAUCCGGCCUUAGAAACCCUACCCAAAGCACAAAGCAGAGCUUAGUCCAUUCUUCUGAUUUGCCAACUCCUGUCAAGCCAUCCAACCCCAUGCCAGCAUGAAAGGAAGAUGUAAAGUGGUAGGAAGGGCAUCCAGCUGUAGAAAUCAUACCAAAGCAGACAUUGGAACAUGAUGCAGUCCUUGGACACAUUGGAACCUGUCAACCCAUCAAACCUACAAAAUUAAAAAAACAAAACAAAAAAAGAAUUACUGAUAUCAUGUCAACUAUUUGGACACAAUUUAAUUAGUUUUUCUUUUUGAAUUAUUCAUAUUAAUUAUGAAUUUAUGCUUUUGUUUAUAUUGAUGCAUCUAUGUUAAAAA